AAAUCCUUUGUUCUUUUGCAGGCACAGACAUCUACUUUUAAGGAAUUUGUCCAGAAGAAGUCAGUGAAGUCGAUUUUACUUAAAACUGCUGUUGGGUCAGCUGUUGUGGGGACUAUCGGAGUAGGUACUGCGGUGUUUGCUGGUGUGUCGGCCUCAGUCCAUGGAGUACAUCCCCCUAAUUAUGCCUGGGGUCACAAACCCUUACUCGCUUCUUUGGACAUGGCAAGUGUGCGCCGAGGUUACGAAGUAUAUAAACAGGUGUGUGCGGCCUGUCACAGUAUAACUGCGAUGCGAUAUCGUUACAUGGCUGAUACUUUCAUGUCCCCAAAGAGGGUAGCAAAGGAGGCAUCCGAAAUAAUGACAUUGGAUGGGCCAGACAGAGACGGGAACAUGUUUGAACGACCCGGAAAAUCUCUAGAUCCUUUCCCCGCACCCUAUCCCAAUAAAGAGGCUUCACAGGCUGCUAACAAUGGGGCAGCACCACCAGAUAUGUCCUUCAUUGUACUGGCCAGAGAGGCCACAGAGGACUACAUCUUCUCAUUGCUGACUGGAUACUCUGACCCCCCAGCUGGACUAGAACUGGGCGAGGGCCAGUAUUAUAACCCUUACUUUGCAGGAGGCGUCUUAGCCAUGGCUCCCCCUCUCUACAAUGAAGUUAUACAAUAUGAGGAUGGAACACCUGCCACCAAGAGUCAGUUAGCGAAGGACGUCAUCACCUUCCUCAAGUGGGUCGGUGAGCCCGAGUUUGAUGAGAGGAAGGUUUGGGGAAUAAAGGCAAUACCUCUUUUCCUUAUAUUCACCAUCGUAGCAUAUUACUACAAACGACAUAAAUUUUCCUACCUGAAGUCAAUGGCACUUGGUCUGAAGAGAACACCUAUCAAGAAGACUAAACUUUUCCCAGUGGACAAAAAAUAGGCCGACCAGCAGCCAUUGACAGUGACUCAGCUGGACAAACACAAGUGUGACUGUGGACAAUAUUUCACGUGAUUUCAUAUAUUUAUAAACAUCAGUAAGAACAAUUGUUUGAAGAGAUAACUUUUAAUAUUGAAGUCCAGAAAAUGUGUACAUUAUUUUAGUUGAAGCGUUGAAUGAAUAAAUGUUUUUGUCUUA